AUGAGGAAGGGCAGGGUGGUGCUUGCGGUGCCCUUGGACAUCCGCAAUGCCUUCAACACCCUGCCCUGGAGUAUGGUGGAGAGGCCGCUAACACCUUUGGUCUCCCCCCCCCCCUACAUGGUGGAGGUCCUGAGGAGUUACUUCCGGGACAGAUGGCUGGAGUACCCUGACAACAGGGUACUCCUGCGCAGAAGGGACGUGUACUGCUGGGUUCCACAGGGGUCCGUGCUGGGCCCCACUCUGUGGAACCUCGCGUACAACAUGGUGCUGGGUGACAUCUCCGUCCGGGUGGGGGACCGAUUAAAAUACCUCGGUCUCUACCUGGACGCGGCUUGGAGUUUUGGCGGGCACUUUGAGCGCCUGGCCCCCAGGGCGGAGUCGGUGGCUAUUAGCCUGAGCCGACUCUUGCCCAAUCUUGGGGGCCCGGAUGGCCGAGUGCGCCGCCUACACGCGAACACCGUCCGGGCGGUGGCCCUUUACGGGUCACCAGUGUGGGCGGACGUCCUGAUGGCCAAAAGGCGCAGCAAGAUGUUGCUGCGCCGAGUUUUUCGGAGGAUGGCCAUCAGGGUUGUCCGCGGUUACAGGACGGUGUCGCACACGGCGGCCACAUUAUUGGCGGGGACGCCGCCCGUUGAACUCUACGCCGAUAUGUACGCCCACGUGUACAGGCGUACGCGGGAGCUCGGCGGGCUAGGCGUGGCGUUGACCCCAAGGGUCAAGGCCGCCGUGAGACUCCAGGCCAGGCGACGCGCUUUGGAGAGAUGGGACGAACAUCUCUCCGACCCCCGAGAUACAUCGGGGACGCGCGUCGUGGAGGCCAUCCGGCCCCAUUUGGUCAAAUGGGCUGAUCGGGCCGGUGGCGAGAUGUCGUACCGUGCGACGCAGGUGUUUACGGGCCAUGAAUGCUUCGGCUCAUACUUGUGUCGCAUCG